AUGAAAAGCAACGUGUUGUACGUGCAGAACACGACAGCAAAACAACAGGGGGAAUCUAGCGGCGCCAUUAUGUCGGCAGUCGAGUCAGGCGCAGUCGGGGAUGUCGCAGCCGACGUCCAAGAGGGCACACUGCUUUAUAUCCACCAGCGGGGGGCGCACUUGGCGUUUGACACCAUCAAGCGGAUGGCGAGCGACCCGUCGUCUGGAAAACGCCUUACGAGCCACCGACGCAUGGCAUGUGUGUCUUGCAUGGAGGGCAAGCAGACGCGCAACGUGCAGCCGCAGCAAGACAGCAGCGAGAACGCGCCGAUGGACCGCAUUGGCGGCGUGAUCUGUUUGAGCCUCAAAGGGUCUGAUGGCGCCUCAAGAUAG